CAGACAGAGAAGAAGCGAGUUGUAGUAAUGGGGGCGAUAUCGAGAAGAGCACUUCUUCAAUGGAUGAUUCUCUUGAUGAUAGUUUGCAUUGGACGCGUUUCAGGGAAAAUGCUUCGUGUUGGAGGAUCAUCACAAGGGUGGAAUCCCGACGUCAACUACACUGAAUGGGCUAGUAAACAAUACUUCUACGUCGGCUUAUGGCUCUAUUUUGGAUAUGAUCGGUAUUAUUACAACGUGUUGGAGGUAAACGAGACGAGCUACGAAACAUGCAAUGACAGGGACCCAAUCACAAACGUGACACGUGGAGCGGGAAGGGACGUAUUUAAUCUGACGGAAGCCAAAACCUAUUACUUCCUCAGCAGCGGAGGAUACUGCUGGCAUGGCAUGAAACUGGCUGUCCCCGUUCACCAAUUCCCCUUACCUCCUCCCGUUGCCGCACCUUCUCCCAGUUCCUCCACCAAAAGCAGCUCCACCUCCUCUAGUCCUUCAAUUAUACUGCCAGCUGCCCUUGUUUUGGCUGUAACCUGGACUAUAAACUCCCUCUUCAGUUUCCGGUAGCGAUUUCUUCUCUAUCCUUUUGGUUGAACAUUUACUUCUUGUAUUGGUACCAGGAAAUUAAAAGACUGUUUUUGCUUGCUGUGUUGUAGUCGGUAUUUCUU